CCAGUCAGUCCCUUCUCGUUCGACUAAUCCCGUCUAAAUUAAUUAUAUCGUCCAGAUAUUCGAAACUUAUUGCAUUAGAGAAACGGUCGGUUGAAAUGAGAGUGUAUAAAAGCGAUGGAAGUUUCGUCGAAGAUAUCAAUGAUAUCGAAUUCGGGUGGUUUCUCGGUGAUAUUGUUAUCGAUGAAAGCGUGGAAAAAUUCGAAGAAAUCAACAGAGAAACCAGAUACAUAUCAAAAAUGCACAAGUCCCGACCAAAAUUUUGCGAAUCAAUAGACAUUAGCAACGUCGAGGAACCGCGAUAUAUAAAAAUAAAAACCGUAGAACCUAACGUAGAAGUAGUAAAUAUCAUUGACACUUGCAGAAACGACGAUCUGCCGUCCAGCGAGGAACUCGCCCGUUCCGUCGACGUCGAUUUCCCGCCGAAGCAAAAACUGAUCGAAAUGAUCAACCCAUACAACGCUGAAACCAGAAUGUUGCUUUCCGUCAUAAGCUUCGCGAAAUACAAAAGCCUGAUGGCCGACAAAACGGACCUCAUGAACAAAGUCAACGUGCGAACGACCAACUACAAAAACCUCCUCUUCGAAAGAUCCACCAGCGUAACCGAAGACAUGAUCGACGAAAUCGUCAACUACCACGCCAACAAAGAAGACAACAUGAUGUCCCUGAUGAUGGAGUUAAUUUUAACAGACGUUGAUUGCGACGAUAGGGACGUUUUGCAACAAAAACCCGUUCCGCAAAUCCUCCCCCAAUUCAUUAUUACAUCCCAAACAAGCGAUUUAGGAAACAGCCUGCCGAACGGCAGCUCGAGCGAGGGCGAAACGCGCAAUAAUUACCUGCAGGUAUCGAACAGAUCCGACAUCCUAAAUAGCUUAGGCCUCAGCGACGAAGAUAAAAGCAUUCAGAGUUUCUGCGAUGAAACUUUCGAAAUGCACCAGGAACUGGCGGAUAUUAAGAAAAGCUUUCAGGAGGACGAAAACAAAGUGAACGACCUGCUAAAGCAAGCCUGUGCCUUAAAAAAUGAUUUAAGGGAAACCCUGUACCUCAACGACAUCAUCAAUCUCUUGGAGGGCCACGUCGAAAAAGUCAAACUGAAGAAGCUCCCCUUUCGCAUAUUUAACGAACGAAUGGUCGAGAAUUCCGAGCUGAAUCUCAUCAUAUAAAAUUCCCAUCGGAUAAAAUUUUCCUCGAAUAUUAAUUGAUUAUUCAGCCAAAGAGAAAAUUGUAUUGGAAGCUGUGUUAGAUCGAACGAAAA